AGAACAGGACCCCCGCUGAUAAAGGGCGAGGCAGCCAAAGCGAAAGCUGUGACAUCAGUGUCAUCACCGCACAGCGCAACGGUCAGCCGUGCUCGUGGAGUUGUCAAUUUGGGGCCCGAGGAGGCUGUGCGCUAUUGGGUACCCGGCGGGGAUGCUACUAAAGCAGCAGCUGCGCCUGCUCCCGUGGCGUUGAGCAUGCAAACAGGCAAAGGCUCAGGCAGGCCUGGACAGAGCAAAGGAAACACUGUCCCCAGAGCUGCAACACCAGCACGAACUGGACAGCAAAAGGUCGUUGAUGUGCAAAAGCACAUCGUUCGGUUUGCCCAAAUGAGUGUCAAAGCAACGGGCAAACUUAAGGGCAGAUACUCUCCAAAGCUUCUAUUGGUAACUCCGCAUGACUACAUGUUGUCACUCUAUUGGUCACUAUCCACGGGAGGGGUGAACACUAGUGUGCUGCACGAGGCUGGCAUGGCCAACACCAUCACAAGCUUUGUGGAUAAAGGACAAGAUGCCCGUAUUCCCCAGUUGAGAAGACAGAAGUAUUACUUCAACAUCAGUUCCCUGGAGAAGGAGGGGUUACUGGGUGCUGAGCUGCGUAUACUCAGGAAAAGACUGGCUGAUCCACACAAAGCACUUUCCACUGACAGAGUUGUCUGCCUGAAGCUUUUCACUUGUGUAGCAGGUAAACAGAAAGCCACACUGCUCCAAACGCAAACCAUCAAGGACCACAAUUCGCCCAAAUGGGAAGUGUUUGACAUUUGGAAACUAUUCAAGAAUUUCAAGAACACCGUCCAGCUUUGCUUUGAGCUGGAGGGUUUAGAACGGGGACGCCCCGUGGACCUCAGGACACUGGGCUUCAGUCGCCUGGGCAGGCAAACCAAAGAGAAGGCCUUUUUCCUCAUGUUCGGGCGCACCAAGAAAAAUGACUUGUUCUACAACGAGAUCAAAGCUCGGUCUGGCCACGACAACAAGACUGUGUACGAAUUCCUGUUCACUCAGCGGCGCAUGCGCCGAGCUCCAACCAACCGCGGCAAGAAGCUGGCCAAGAACCCCAAGCCUCGUUGCCACAGGAAGCAGCUGCACGUCAACUUCAAGGAGAUGGGCUGGGACGAUUGGAUCAUCGCCCCACUAGAGUAUGAGGCCUACCACUGCGACGGGGUAUGCGACUUCCCUAUUCGCUCGCACCUCGAGCCCACCAACCAUGCCAUCAUCCAGACGCUCAUGAACUCCAUGGACCCCGACUCGACUCCGCCCACCUGCUGCGUGCCCACUCGCCUCAGCCCAAUCAGCAUCCUCUACAUUGACUCGGCCAAUAACGUGGUCUACAAACAGUAUGAGGACAUGGUGGUGGAGUCCUGUGGCUGCAGGUAGCAAUGGACAAAAGACCCAGCUGAGGUCUUGGUUUUAUAGUUCAGCCUGAAGAGUUUGAGUUAAGUCUUUUGAGUAAACAGAUUGUUAAACACUCAAAAGUUUUAGAACACUGAGUUAUUCAAGGGUUUUAAUUUAUUUGUACUAUUUUCUACAUUGUAGAAUAAUAGUGAAGACAUCACAACUAUGAAAUAACACAUCUGAAAUCAUGUAGUAACCAAAAAAGUGUUAAACAAAUAAGAAUAUAUUUUGUAUUUGAGAUUCUUCAAAUAGCCACCCGUUGCCUUAUUGACAGCUUUGCACACUCUUGGCAUUCUCUUAACCAGCUGAACCUGGAAUGCUUUUCCAACCGUCUUGAAGGAGUUCCCACAUAUGCUGGGUACUUGUUGGCUGCUUUUCCUUCACUCUGUGGUCUGACUCAUCCCAAAUUAUCUCAAUUUGGUUGAUUGCUGCAUCAGGUCACCUGCUGCUGCAUCAGGUCACCUGCUGCAGCAUUCCAUCACUCUCCUUCUUGGUAAAAUAGCCCUUACACAGCCUCAAGGUGUGCUGGGUCAUUGUCCUGUUGAAAAACAAAUGAUAGCUCCACUAAGCCCAAACCAGAUGGGAUGGCGUAUCGCUACAGAAUGCUGUGGUAGCCAUGCUAGUUAAGUAUGCCUUGAAUUCUAAAUAAAUCACAGACAGUGUCACCAGCAAAGCACCACCACACCAUGACACCUCCUCCUCCAUAUUUUACGGUGGAAAAUACACAUAUGGAGAUCAUCCAUUCACCCACACCGCGUCUCACACAGACACGGCGGUUGGAACCAAAAAUCUCCAAUUUGGACUCCAGACCAAAGGACAGAUUUCCACCGGUCUAAUGUCCAUUGUUUGUGUUUCUUGGGCCAAGCAAGUGUCUUCUUCUUAUUGGUGUCCUUUAGUAUUGGUUUCUUUGUAGCAAUUCAACCAUGAAGGCCUGAUUCACACAGUCUCCUAUGAACAUUUGAUGUUGAGAUGUGUCUGUUACUUGAACUCUGUGAAACCUUUAUUUGGGCUGCAAUUUCUGAGGCUGGUAACUCUGGGUCUUCCUUUUCUGAGAGCCAGUUUCAUCAUAGCGCUUGAUGGUUUUUGCGACUGCACUUGAAGAAACUUUCAAAGUUCUUGACAUUUUCCGCAUUGACUGACCUUCAUGUCUUAAAGUAAUAAUGGACUGUCAUUUCUCUUUGCUUAUUUGAGCUGUUCUUGCCAUAAUAUGAACUUGGUAUUUUACCAAAUAGGACUAUAUUCUGUAUACCAGCCCUACCUUGUCACAACACAACUGAUUGGCUCAAAUGCAUUAAGAAGGAAAGAAAUUCCACAAAUAUAUUUUUAACAAGACAUACCUGUUAAUUGACAUGCAUUCCAGGUGACUGACUACCUCAUGAAGCUGGUUGAGAUAAUGCCAAGAGUGUGCAAAGCUGUCAUCAAGGCAAAGCUACUUUGAAGAAUCUCAAAUACAAACAUAAAGAAAACCCUUCAAUGAGUAGGUGUGUCCAAACUUUUGAAUGGUACUAUAAGUAUUCACACCCCUGAGCCAAUACUUUGUUGAAGCCCUUUGGCAGUGAUAACAGCUGUUAGUCUUUCUGGGUAAGUCUAUAAGAGCUUUCCACACCUGGAUUGUGCAACAUUUGCCCAUUAUUAUUUUCAAAAUUCUUCAAGCUCUAUCAAAUUGGUUGUUGAUAAUUGAUAGACAACCAUUUUUAGUUCUUGCCAUAGAUUUUGAAGAAGAUUUGACUCAAAACUGUAACUCGGCCACUCAGGAACAUUCACUGUAUUCUUGGUAAACAACUCCAGUGUAGAUUUGGCCUUGUGUUUUAGGAUAUUGUCUUGCUGAAAGGUGAAUUCAUCUCCCAGUGUCUGGUGCAAAGCAGACUUAACCAGGUUUUCCCCUAGGAUUUUGCCUGUGCUUACAUCCAUUGCAAAGCCAUAACAAUGAUGCAGCCACCACUAUGCUUGAAAAUGUGGAGAGUGACACUCAGUAAUGUGUUGUAUUUGCCCCCAAAAUAACACUUUGUAUUCAGGACAAAAAGUGAACUGAAUUUGCCACAUUUUUGUGCAGUAUUUCUUGAGUCCCUUGUUGCAAACAGGAUGCAUGCAUUGGAAUAUUUGUUUUCUGUACAGGCUUCCUUCUUUUCACUCAGUCAAUUAGAUUGGUAUUGUGGAGUAACUACAAUGUUGUUGAUCCAUCCUCAAUUUAUUCCUGUCACAUCCAUUAAAAUAUGUAACAGUUUUAAAGUCACCAUUGACCUCAUGGUGAAAUCCCUGAGUGGUUUCCUUCCUCUCCGGCAACUGAGGUAGGAAGGAGGCCUCUAUCUUUGUAGUGACUUGGUGUAUUUAAUAACUUCACCAUGCUCAAAGGGAUAACCAAGGUCUGCUUUUGACAUUUCUACCCAUCUACCAAUUGAUGCCCUUCUUUGUGAGGCACUGGAAAACCUCUCUGGUCUUGUGGUUGAAUCUGUGUUUUAAAUUCACUGCUCAACUGAGGGACCUUACAGAUCAUUGUAUGUGUGGGGUAGAGAAAUUAUGUAGUCAUUAAAAAAUCACGUUACACACUAAAAUUGCACACAGAGUCCAUGCAAUUUAUUAUGUGACUUGUUAAGUGCAAUUUUACUGGUGAACAUAUUUAGGCUUGCCAUAACAUUUGACUCAAGACAUUUCACCUUUUCAUUUUUUAUUAAUUUGUAAAAAAAAAUUAAUUCCACUUUGACAAUCUGGGUUAUUGUGUGUUGGCCAGUGAUAAAACAUCUCAAUUUAAUACUUUUUUCAUUCAGGCUGUAUCACAACAAAAUGUGGAAAAGGUCAAGGGGUGCGGAUACUUUCUGAAGGCACUGUAUCCAGUGAUGUCUUGGCAAGAGAUUUCAACUAAAUUGUUCUA